ACGCCCCCCGCGGGCUUCAUUGAAAUGGUUGGAUUUUCCCCGUGAGGGAAGAAUUGCCCUGUCACUGUUCACGGGAGUGCGGUACCGGUCCAGACAAGCCUCAAAAGUUAUUCACGGAGCUCUGUUACCCGGCUUAAACGAUUCAGGUGAUGGAGAUUCGGAUCAGCGCUCGGCUCGGUUUCAUCUGCUCCGUUUUUCUGCUUCACUUUGUCCACGGAACCCAUGCAGCUGUCUGCAGUCAGGACCAGUUCAGGUGUGGAAACGGGAAAUGCAUCACCAGCCGCUGGGUUUGUGACGAUGCAGACGACUGUGGAGACGGAAGCGAUGAGCUGCCUGAGUCCUGCCGAGAGAAGACGUGUUCGCAAAGCCAGUUCAGCUGCGGCGGGCGUCUGAAUGAGUGCGUGUCCACCAGAUGGCACUGCGAUGGGAAGCCUGACUGCGAGAAUGGCGCAGACGAGCAGGGCUGCGCCCUGAAGAACUGCACGGACGAGGAGUUCCGCUGCAGCAGCGGUCAGUGCGUGUCGAAGUCGUUCGUCUGCGACAAGGAUUCCGACUGCGACGACGGCAGCGACGAAUCGUCCUGUCCCGUCCCCACCUGCAGCCCCAGCACUUUCCAGUGCAAUGACUCUGUGUGCGUGCCGCAGCUCUGGGCCUGCGACGGGGAUGCCGACUGCGCAGACGGCUCUGACGAGUGGCCGCAGAACUGCCCUUCCGGGACGGGUCAGAAACAGCAGACGGUCUGCAGGAAUCACGAGGUCCUGUGCGGCAGCGGCGAGUGCAUCCACGGCAACUGGAGGUGCGAUGGAGAUUUCGACUGCAACGACCGGUCAGAUGAGGACAACUGCACUGUGCCCACCUGCCGUCCAGAUGAGUUCCUUUGUAAAGACGGCAGCUGCAUCGCAGGAAUGCGUCAGUGUGAUGGGAGUCCUGACUGCCGGGAUCACAGUGAUGAGGAGGACUGCGUAACUGUUAAAACGUGCAAAGAGCCAAACUGGUUUAAAUGUCGCAGUGGCGAGUGCAUCAGCGCAGACCGCGUGUGUGAUGGUACGAAGGACUGCCUCGACUGGUCAGAUGAGCCUCUCAAAGAGUGCAACUCUAACGAGUGCCUAGUUAACAACGGUGGCUGUUCUCACACGUGCAAUGAUCUGAAGAUCAGAUACGAAUGUUUGUGUCCAGAAGGAUUUCACCUGAUUAACCGCACACAUUGUGAAGACGUGAAUGAGUGUCUGGACGCAGACACCUGCUCUCAGAUCUGUGUAAACCUGCCGGGCAGCUUCAAGUGCGACUGUAAUGAAGGAUUUGAGCUGGAUCACAUGACCAAAGACUGCAAAGCGAUUACAGGAUCUGGAGCGUUCCUUUUCUUCAGCACCCGUCACGAGGUGAGGAAGAUGGCGCGCAGCAGAGAGUACACGUCACUGAUCCGCCAGCAGAAGAAUGUGGUGGCAUUAGACGUGGACAUUAACAACGACAGAAUCUUCUGGUCUGAUGCGAGCCAGAAAAAGAUCUACAGCGCAGCGGCUGCUGACCCCGCCCUUCACAGCACCGUGAUUGACAGCCAGAUCUCCAGGCCCGAGGGUCUGGCUGUGGACUGGAUCCACGGUAACAUCUACUGGACGGACAGUGAGCUGCAAACUAUCUCCGUGGCGACUGCAAAUGGCAGCAAACGUAAGACGCUCAUCAGCGACAACUUGCAGAAUCCUCGCGCGAUCGCCAUCGAUCCUCAGCACAAUUUCAUGUUCUGGACGGACUGGGGCGUGUCGGCCCGGAUUGAGAAGAGCGGACUGAACGGUGCAGAUCGGACGGCUCUCGUCACGGAAAAUAUCGUCUGGCCAAACGGCAUCACGCUUGAUGUUUUGAAUCACCGUCUGUACUGGGUCGACUCAAAGCUGCACACGCUGUCCAGCAUUGGCGUGAACGGAGACGGGCGGCACACGCUGAUGCAUGACCAAGAGAAGCUGCCGCAUCCGCUGGCGCUGGCCGUGUUUGAGGAGAAAGUCUUCUGGACCGACGUGUCCAAUAACGGCAUCUGGAGCGCGAACCGCAUGACAGGCCAAGAUAUCGCUGCUGUGGCUGAACAUCUGCAGUCUCCUGAAGACAUUGUGCUGUAUCACAGUCUGAAACAACCUACAGGAAGGGACUGGUGCAAAGAAACGGCUCUGGUCAACGGCGGUUGUGAGUUUCUGUGUCUGCCGGCACCGCUGAUUAACGCACGCUCACCCAAAUACACGUGUGCAUGUCCUGAUCACAUGACCCUGGGAGCAGACAUGAGGACAUGUGUGUCAGGUCCGAACGCCACAGCGCCUCCACAGGCGACGAGCAGAACUGCACCCGGCCUGUCACACACUGCAACCAGAGCAGCUCUGCCAUCUCGGGAUCAGAGCGGAGACGGCACACAGACGGGCUCCGCAGGGGAAGUGAUGCAGAACAUGAGCCGGUUUCUAGCCCUUCCCAGCAUCCUACGGUCCUGUAUGUCACCCUUCCAAUCGUUGCCGUGUGUCUGCUGGCGUUUGGCGGGAUGUUGAUUUGGAGACACUGGCGGGUGAAGAACACCAACACCAUCCACUUCUCCAACCCAGUCUAUCAGAAGACAACAGAUGACACGGUCCACAUCUUCAGGAGCCCCAGUCUGGAAGGAUACUCGCAUCCAUCGUGUCAGAUGAUCAGCAUGGAUGAAGACGCAGCCUGACGCUCCUCCUGAAACUCCACUUUAAAUGCUGCUCUGAACUGAAGGAGACUCUCUUCCUGACAUGCGAAAGGAUCAAUCCUUUUUGUUUUUUAAUAUCAUGUAAGGAAUGAAGACAGAGACACACACACACACACACUUGUAUCUAAUGAACACAGCUGCUUAACAUCAGAAGAGCAGAAGGUCUGAAUCUCUUCAGGCGCCUGUAAGAUCCUGUGGCUUUGCACACUAUAAACACGUAGCUGUUUCCAUUCGUGAUGUGUGAGCUUUUAAGAUCCAGUCAUUGAAGGUAUUACCACUUUUAAUAUUUAAAAUGAAUCUUGUAAAUAUUCCUGAUCAUGUUAAUGUGGAGGGCAGACAGGUGUCUCUCUUCUUGCACUAUAUAUGUUCACUGUCACGUAGGUUUUAUUUAUUUCUUCUUCACAGACACACUUGAACUAUCUUUUUGUCUUUGUUUUUGUAAAUGCACAGGGCUGCUUUAGUAAUAAUGAGCAAUUCGCAGCGUUUUCUUAAUGUUGGUUUGCUCACGCGUGUGAAGUUCUCUUCUGUAGAUUGAACUCUGGGCCUUAAAACCAGCGAAUGUGCCUGAUGUACAGCAUGAUGAUAUGUCAUAUUGUUUGAACGCACAGAAUAUUCCACGAUGCCUUCGACAUAUUAGAGUGAAUUAGUCCUCAGGGUCGCACGUCUGCGCUGUGAUUCAGGUGACCUCUGACCUCACCUGUCCGUUAGAAGAAUCAUGCUUUUACGUUCUGUUAUUGAUGUGCACACGGUUUAUUUUGAGGCAUGUGCAGUAUGUUAUCUGAAGGGUUGGAGCGUUUUCACUGUUACCGGAUGAAUGAAGAAUCACAAACGCUCCUCAAACAUCUGCAGUAAAUAGUCGUCUUUAUCACACAGACUUUGUACGAAGAAAACUCUUUUAUUUAUUGUGUAAAUGUUUGAUUUUUGUUGUGUGUGUGUGUGUGUGUGUGUGUGUGUGUGUGUGUGUGUGUGUGUUGAAUUUCUUGCUGUUCUCUUUUAAAUACAUUGUGUAUCUGAUGUGAUAUCGAAAUGCCAUCCAGAAAUCUUCCUGCACUACAAAAGAAAUGAACCUGUGCGUCAUAAGACGACAUUCAGGGACUUUUAUAGUUUAUGAAGGAUAUUUGAAGAAGAUUUGUGAAGUUUUCAGUCAUCAGCUGGUCUUGAAUUGAUUCUGUUACUGUUGAUGGGUCAUUUGUGAUCUGUUUUACUUUUGUGAAGGUUUUAUUAAGCUGUUUGAGUUUUAAUUCUUUAUCUCAGGACUCAUGGUCCAGUGAUCUGAAUGUUCUACAGGUUUAAAGAAACAAAUUGCGCCCAAAGAAACAAUUGAACUGUUUUUGACAAUGUUUAAUAAAUUUAUGUUUUGAAACCAGAAA